ACAUCUGGUCUGGUUGACUGACUGAUGUGAUGUGAGCUGAUUGUGAUGUGACUAAAAUUAUUAUAGAAUACAUAAAUAAAGAUUUAAUUUCGUUUCUAUGCAAUGUGCAAAUGUCUAUAAACGUAACUCUUGCUAAAGAAUGAAAUAGCACUUUUAACUAUUCUAUCAUGGAUAAUCAGGAAUCAUCGGGUCAAGAUGGUAGUCUGAAGAAGACUUCAAUUGAUGAAUUGGGCAGAGAUGAAUUAAUAACCAAAUGCAAAGGAUUUCUAGUGAUAGCUCAAAAAGCUAAAGUCGCUAAGACAGAGUUGCAAAAUGAACUUGAUGGAUGCAAGAAACUUCUUGAAAAAUAUGAAAAGGAAAAAAAUGCCAGUUCAGAGAAUAUCAAAACUCUACAAGAAUUGGUUGAUUCAUUGACAGAACAAAAACUGAAUUUUAUUACUGAAGUGGAUUCAGCCCAAAGUAAGAUUAAAGCACUUAACAAUAAAUGUGUGAGCUAUGAGGAAGACAUUAAUACUUACAAAAGUGAUUUGAUUGUGAAAGAUAACAUAAUAGCUGAAAUAAAUCAAAAGUUAUCUGAUCUUGAUAUAGAAGUUACUUCACUAAGAAGGCAGAACAAUAGGCUAUUGGAAGAAAAUGAACAACUGUUGAGUCAACUCACCGAGUUUGAAGCUAGAGCUGCAGAGUUUAAUAAUAUUGGAAUGCAACAGAGGGAACAACUUAAAAUUUUAGAAGAGAGUGUGCAUACAGAAGACCAAUAUAAAUCCCAAAUUGAAGAAUUAAAGAGUCAAAUUCAACACUUAGAAAAUAAAAUUCAAAGUAAUGUAGACUUUGAAGCUAAAUUUAUUGAGGCAAAUGAAUUGUUUGAGUCUGAAAAGGCUAAAAAAGAAAAGGCUAAUAUCAAAUUAAGGAGUUAUAAAGACAAAAUUUUAAAAUGUGCUGCAUGCAUUAAUCAAUUGAAAAACUCAAGAUUUAUCUUGGCAAAAACAGUCAAAGAAUAUUCUGAGAACAUUCCUAAAUGGCAAAAUGAUAUCAUAAGUGCAUCAAAAGUGCUUGAUAAUCAGAUUAAUGAACUAAGCAGUGAAAAUAUUUCUUUAAAAGAAAAACUUUUGGAACUAGAAAAACAACUAAAUAAAUUGAAACAAACAAGUAUGGAGAAUAGUGUUAUUGAUUCACAAAUAUCUGUUUUAACUCAAGAGAAAAUGGAAUUCAAAGAUAAAGUAUCUGACUUAGAACAACAAUUAAGGAGUUGUGGUGAUGAAAUCACUAAGCUCAAAGUUGAUCUCGGUGAGAAAGAAAAUAAACUGGAAGAGUAUAAAUUACAAGAGAAAAGAUUUAACGAUUGUAACGUUAAGCUAGUUGACACAAGUAAUAAAUUUACUGAACUUGAAAAGUAUGUACAAAUGCUGAAACAUGAAAAUAAAAAAUUAAAUGACACACUACUUAAUCAAGGCCGAAAUAAUGAAGAAUUUGAGAAUCUGACUUUACAGAUUAAAGCUUUAGAAAGUGAAAAAUCUACUUUAGUCAAAGAGAAACUGAAUGCUAGAGACAGUGUUGUUGAUCUUGAAAAUCAAAUUACAAAGUUGUCAGACCAACUUGUUGAAGCAAAAACUGAAUUACAAUCUAUGAAAUCUCAGUUUGAUGUACUCAGUCAAGAAAAAGCUGCUUUUGAGAUUAAUUUUAAAGCUGAAAAAGAAGGUGAGAUAAAUGUAUUGAAGUGUAAUUUGAUGGCUCAGCAAGAACAAUUUAACUUGUUAAAAAAAGAACAUGAAGAUUUACAAGAUUUAAACAACCUUUUGAAAGAGGAAGUGGACACUCUUAAACUUUCAUUGGAACAACCCAAAGAUGAUGCUGACUUAUCAGAUCUGAAUGUAUCUUUACAAGCAGACAUUGCGAAAUUAGAAACUAAGUUAGCUGCUUAUAAACAAGAAAAUUCAUCUCUUUUGUCUGAAAUAAAAGAUGCGCGAAACAAGUCCAAGGAAUUUGAUAGUUUAAUUGUUGAGUAUGAAGAUGCCAAAUCUAAAUUGGCUAGUUACAAGUCAGAAAAUACUGAACUGUUGAAUGAAAUGAAAGAAAUCAAUCAAGUAUUAAAAGAACGUGGUGAAGCCAUAUCCAAACUUCAAAAGGCUGUGUCUGAAAUGGAAAAGUUGGUUGAGACUUUAGAGAAGGACAGAGAUAAUAUGAAUCAAGAGAAAAUAGAAUUACUGAAAAAGAAUGAAGGGCUCCAAAAUGAUUUACAAACUGCAGAGCAAAAGUCAAAUGAAAAGACUGAAACUGCGAAUCAAUUAAAUGUAGAUGUGGAUAAUGCCAUGAAAGCUCUGUCUAAAAAAGAUGAAAUAAUAACAUCUUUAAAAGAAGAAAUCGAGAAACUGAAACAACAACAAGUGACAUCAGCUGAAUUACCAAAUGAGGACAUGUCAACUUCAACUAUAUCUAAAGCAGAAGAACAUUCUCGAAUGAAAGAUUUAGAUGAAACAUUUGAAGAGAAGUACACUAAAUUAAGGAUAUUUGCUCUGAAGCUGAAGAAGAAACUGAAUGAGACUACAAGUCAGAUGCAACAGACAGAAAAAGACAAAGCAAAGCUUGAAAAGUUGCUAAGUGAGAGCAAAUCGGGUAACCAUGUAGAUGAAGUCGAUAGUCGUCAAACCGAUAACACAACUCAAGCGGCUGAGAAUAAAGAACUAGAAGAAAAAGUCAAAUCUUUAACUAUUGCUCUAGAGGCGACGAAAAAUGUUACUUCUGAAUUAGACAAGUUAAAAGCGGAAUUAGCAUUGAAAACGCAACAACUGGCAACUGAAGUGGAAGCGCAUAAAGUAACUAAGGAUAGUUUGGAGAAAGCACGACGCGAUGUCAAGAAGAAAAACGUAUUGAGUCUCGAAAUGGAAGAUUACGAACGGUCGAUGAAGGAACUUUCGACAAAGAUGGAGGAGAGUAAGAAGAAAAUGAUGCAGAUGGAGUCGACAAUAGACACACAAGAAGGAACAAUCACAGCGAUGCGAACGCAAAUAAAAUUACUAGAGGAACAAAUUAAAACUGAGGAGAGGCAAAACAGGAUUGUUAAGGAAGAGCUACAAAACUCUAUUGAAGAUGGAAAAGAAAAGGAUAAUCUGAUACAAGUGAAAAACACAAUCAUAUCUAAAUUGGAACAAGAUUUAGAAGACGAAAAGAGAAAGAAUGAAGAAUCUGAUUUAGAAAUGACGUCAAUACUAACCGACAAAGAAAAAGUUAUAAUGUCUCUAGGCGAAGAUAAGGCAGAACUUAACAACAAAGUAAAGAAAUUGGAAUUCAAAUGUUCCGAAUUGAAUGAAAAGUUAAGAAUCCUCAAUAUAGAAUUGGCGGAUUUGAAGACUGAGUAUACAAGUUACAAGGUUCGAGCUCAGGCCGUAUUACGACAGAAUCAGACUGUGGAUCAUAGCCAAGAAGAGCAGCUAAAAGAAGAGGCGGCCGCUCUCAGAGCACAGAUAGAAAUACUAACAACUAAACUUGCGACAGCUCAGGAGCAAAUAACAGAGAAGACAUCGGAAGUAGAGAGUACUAGGAGGCGAGCGGCGGAGGCUACGAAUGAGGCGGCGCGAGCUCAGCAGAGAACUUCGCGACUGCAGGCUGACCUCACUCGACUGUCACAGCAGAUUGAGACAGAGAGAACACAGAAUAAGUUGCAAGUCUCCACACUAACACAAUGCUACAAAACUCAAAUGAGUGAAAUGGAAGCUAAGCUGCAGAAAGAAAUUGAAUCAUUGAAUAAGCAACUGGCGUCUGCUCAGGAAGCGAAGAAGUCUGGCAACGUCGCUAUACCUUCGCUUGAAGACGCCAACAGAAACGAGUACAUGUUGCCAGUUAUACCGAAGGAAGAAAGCAGCGAUGGCGAGAUGGAUAUCAACGUUUCUAUGAUACCGAGGGAAGAAGGAGAGGGUUCUGAAUUUGCUCCGUCCCCGCCUCCGUCGAAGCCGUACCUCUCUGGAGGGGCUAGCGGCCGGUCCCCAGUACCAUUGGAACGACUCCUGGAAGAAGGUGUCCCCGACGACGAGGCUAUGGACACCUCCUCUUUUGCACUCACACCCGACCAGGAGAUCGCUGACCUCAAACGAAGGCUCCAAGCUCAACAACAGAGGGUGAAGCACGUGACGGUACUAUUGUCGGAGUCGGAACGUGAAUGCGCUCGCAUGGCCCAGCUGAGCGAGCUGCUGAAGGCAGAACUCCGGCGAGUGCGAGGAGCUACACAGAACGCACACAACACAGAAUAUAUGAAAAACGUUACGCUAAAGUUCCUGACACUACCACCCGGCGACGAGCGCAGCCGGCUGGUACCAGUGCUGCAGAAGAUACUUACACUCACACAAGACGAGACGCAUAAAAUUAAUGCCGUUGCUAAGGGUUUGGAUCCAAAUCCAGGGAAAGGGUGGGGAAGCUACCUUCCCUGGCCAGGAGGGAAAUAACAAGAAAUACAUAUUUAAACCUGUCUAACAAAAUAUGAUAGCCAUGCUCCAAGCAAUAGUGAAUUGUAAAUUAUCUGUGAUUCCAUUAUCGACGAAACAGUUUUCAUUAUUUCAGAACUUUUUGCAUUUAAGGCUAUAAUUUUUUGGCUAAGUGUAUAUUAUUGGAUAAUAAACUAUUCUAUUUUCAAAUGCUAUUCUUAAAUUUAUGGUGAUAUUUUACAGUUAUUUAUUUUUUUUUCUUCAAAUAGCCAUAUGUAAAUAAGUAAUUGAAAGAUAAAUAUAGAUGUAUUUUAUAUUAUCAUUCUUGUAGUUGUUAUUAAAAAGGUGGUCUGGAAAAGGGAUAACACUAAAUCAGAUAUUUUAAAGGUAUCAUAGGUAAAAUGAUGUCAUAGAUUUAACAUAAUAGCAAUAAAUUGAUGAUUUUCUAAUGGUAUGAUAGCAUUAAUCGUUCAUUCCAAUUUUUUUAGUAUACUAAAAGUAAUAAUAAUUCCAGAAUGUGCAUUAUGUGAUAUAAUAUUUUACCUCUGGGCAAUUCACGUUUUUGAUGAAUUUCAAUGACAAGCUUUCUUUCGAUAUAAGCAUAUUUAUUAUGUGUGCUUGAAAGUACAUUACAGCAACAUUUAAUUCACUCUAAAACAUUACGAGUUGCUGAAAUUACAGAAUGCAACUUUUUUAAAGUAUAUUUUAAAUACGUGCUUUUAUAUAAUCAAGUGUCCGGUCUCUAUUUUAACGCAACUGCACAACCCUUUGUCCACCACGGUCGGCUUUAAUCGACAAACAAAAUGUACUUAAUAAAUGACGUAGUCUUGUCGAGUAUGUAGCCCAUUUUUUGUUUGUUGUCUGUAGCCGACAGAGGCGUUCAAAGGGUUCUGUUCUACAGUUAACGAUUAUAACGCUAUCAUAGUCGUAUCAGUGACGUAUAUGCAACUGCGACACAGCGAGUAGAUGAAAUCAUAUCACGGUAAAUAAUUUAGCUUAUCACGCUAAUAUAAAUAUUAAUAUAAAGACCAUAAAGUAUACAUAAAGUUUAAGCAAAUUAUAAGUACCCAGUUAUAAUGCUUUUUAUACCUUAUUUAAUGAUUUGUUAUGCAAAAUUAUUAUACACACAAGUUUUUAUUAUAAUUAUAAUUUUA